ACUUCUCAGUUGUCUAAUUCAAGCCCACCAACAUUGUACAUCGAAGUUCAGUAUUCAAUAAUUCUACAAAAAAUGCCUUUUGUGACCGUGACCACUUCAUUGGCGGCCAAUCAGCUUCCGGUGCCAUUCAUGCCCAAAUUGUGUAAAGCCAUUGCUGAAGCCAUCAAUCGAGAUCCAAAACUCUUGUCUUGGUCAUUGGACACUGGAAAACACAUGUCUAUGGGUCCCAACAACGAGCGCGGCACUUACAUGCAAAUCAGGAUCGAAGGGUUUGAAGUCUUCGAUACCAAGGAACAAACUGUGGAACUGAUCCCCAAGGUGUUUAAACAUCUCAAGGAAAACACAUGUCUCAUGGAGGAUGAAAUUCACAUCAUUUGCUAUCCUCUUGAACUAUGGAGGAUUGGAUUCCAUGGUCAAGCUCUAUUGAAGGUUCCAGAUCUCGAUUGAGGAAUCUGAUCAUUAUGAUUAGACAAGCCAAAGCGCUGAAUUCAAGAAAAAUGUUAAGUCCCUUUCAUAAGAACUACAUACAUCUUAGAUGAGCAAACGAUUGGCUUAUGUCUUGUAGGUUGCUAAAUGAUCAUAACCCAUCAAGCAUUAACAACGAUAUUACUUGAACGCAUGCUUCUAUGUGAAAUUGAUAGGAUGCACAAAAUAAACAAUACGUUCCUUGGUAAAA